UCAAUCGCGCACAUUCCUCCAACUUCAAGGUACAAGAAACGAAUCUAAGCCGACUCCAACUGAAAGUCUGUAGCUCUACGGCUCUCUCUUACCCACCAGCCAAGCCAAGCCAAGCCCCAGCCCCAGAUCCCUAUUGUGGGCGCCGCAAAUCGACCUUCCGUUGCCAAGUAUUUUGUCCUUUCUUCUUCUUCUUCUUCUUCUUGAAUCGUCAUUGUUGACAUUAAUCCCAGCAGCCGAACUGUCCGAGGUUUGGCAAUUUUGAAUUGCGUCGCUGGUUUUGGGCAGUUAAGGCAUUGGUGUUGCAUGGACUAUGAUUCUGUGUAAUCUGGUUUUCCCUUUUCUGGAUAUGAGAGGAAAUCCGAUUUUGAUGUGGCUUUCGGGAGGAAUUUGAUUCUCCAUGAGGAUACUGCUAUGAACUUUUUGGUUUGGCUCUUUUUUCUGGGUUCUAGGUUUUAUGAUACAACUUGAUUGGAAUGGAUGUUAUUCUAUCUUGCAUUUCUGGAUUUACUUCUCCGAGACUUGUAGUUUCCGAUACUGUUUCAUAAGUGACAUUGUUUAGUGAUUUUAGGUUUGUGGAUUAACUUUUCUUAUUUGGUACAAUCGAGAAGUUACGAAGAACUAAUGAUACUCUGUGCUUCUUGUGAUUUGGGAUGACUAAAUUUUAGCAGUUGAUAGGGAUUUAUAAAGUUCAUUUGUUUGGGAUUCUUUUGUUGCCAUCAUUUUUGUGUAUAUGUCGGGAGGAACGCCUGUUGGGGGUGGAUUGAUAAGGCAGAGGCACAGCCAAGGAUAUGCCUCAAGCAGCGACGAUCUUGAGGAUGAUGCUUGUUCAAGGCCGUGCCCUCAGUCACCGCCUUCGCAGAAGAAGCGCAAAUGGGUUGAGAUUUCAGAGAAUGUUCUUUGGAUUGGUUCUGCAGUUUUUAUCGUGUAUUAUGGUGACCGGCAUUCCAAUUUCAUUUACCUGUUAUGGCACGAUGGGCGGAUUAGAAGAGUACCAUUAUACCUCGCGAUGCUGGGAGUUUGUUUGAAUACUAUUUACCUCUUAUACAUGAGUAUACUAGCAUGGAGAUUACGGAAAUCUAAUGAAAAGUGGGAUCUUUCAAGUGAAUCAGCCCUGCCAGUUGUUACCUUAAUUGGGAUUGUCUCCUUUUGCUUGUUUUCCUUUGCUUUAUGGCCAAUUUGGAGUUUCCUGACUCUGCCUCUUGUGUUUACACUGUUUAUGGCUGGCAUGGUAUUGGUGCCAUACUUGCUGAUUGGGGCAUUGAGGCCACAAACAAAUGUGCUACGUAUAGAUUGAGCCUUUUGGAUCCAGGUGAGAACUCCAUGAAAAUACAGAAGUAGGAUUAGAUGUUAUAGUUUUUAAAUUCAAAGCAGGUUUAGAAAGGUUUCUUCCCUUGUAUUUGAUGCAUACAAACUGAUGCUAAACAAGAUUCCUGUCUUUUAUCGGUUGAUUCCAGUGUUUUCAAUUAAUUGAUGAAAGUUCUGAAAACCUUGACCAUAUGUCUGGAUGGAUUGAAUAGAAAUGGAAUUAGUAUUUUUGCA